GGAGUUUUGACAUUUUACACCAAGUGCUGAUGCAAGUGACGACUGACACGUCUUCGGUUUGUGGUUUUCACAAAAAUUGUUAUUUUUGCUGAAAAAUAUCCUCUUUUUCCCUGCUAAUUAAGUCGGAUUGUGUGCAAGAAUGCCUCUCCGGCUCGAUAUCAAGAGGAGGCUUACCAGCCGUUCGGAUCGCGUAAAAUGCGUGGAUCUCCAUCCGUCGGAGCCAUGGAUGCUGUGUGCUUUGUACAGUGGGCACGUUCACGUGAUGAACUAUGAAAAUCAGCAAAUGGUGAAGGAUUUUGAGGUGUGUGACCUCCCGGUGCGGAGUGCGAGAUUCGUGGCACGCAAAAAUUGGGUCAUUACCGGGUCCGAUGACAUGCAGAUCCGUGUCUUCAACUACAACACCCUGGAGAAGGUGCACUCCUUCGAGGCGCACUCGGACUAUGUGCGCUGCAUCGCCAUCCACCCCACGCAGCCCCUUAUUCUCACCAGUAGCGACGAUAUGUUGAUCAAAUUGUGGAAUUGGGAGAAGAUGUGGGCAUGUCAGCGUGUCUUUGAGGGGCACACGCACUACGUAAUGCAGAUUGUCUUCAAUCCAAAGGACAACAAUACCUUUGCCAGUGCAUCCCUCGACAGGACGGUGAAGGUGUGGCAAUUGGGCUCCAAUGUGGCGAACUUUACGCUCGAGGGGCACGAAAAGGGGGUGAAUUGCGUGGAUUACUACCAUGGGGGUGAUAAACCGUACCUCAUUAGUGGAGCUGAUGAUCGCUACGUCAAAAUUUGGGAUUAUCAGAAUAAGACAUGCGUCCAGACGCUCGAGGGGCACGCCCAGAAUAUCUCCGCUGUUUGCUUCCAUCCGGAAUUGCCGAUUGUUCUCACGGGCUCCGAAGAUGGGACAGUGCGGAUUUGGCAUUCAGGCACAUAUCGCCUUGAGACAUCCCUCAAUUAUGGGUUUGAGCGUGUGUGGACAGUGGCCUGCAUGAGGGGCACCAAUAACGUCGCCCUGGGCUACGAUGAGGGCUCAAUAAUCAUCAAAGUUGGCCGUGAGGAGCCAGCAAUGUCCAUGGAUGUGAAUGGGGGCAAAAUCAUCUGGGCUAAGCAUUCGGAAAUGCAGCAAGUUAACCUGAAAGCCCUGCCCGAAGGGACGGAAAUUAAGGAUGGUGAACGCCUUCCGGUUGCCGUGAAGGACAUGGGAGCCUGCGAAAUCUACCCCCAGACAAUUGCUCACAAUCCCAAUGGGCGUUUUGUUGUUGUCUGCGGAGACGGGGAGUACAUCAUCUACACAUCCAUGGCCCUGCGGAAUAAGGCUUUUGGCUCUGCGCAGGAAUUCGUUUGGGCAUCUGAGAGUAGUGAGUACGCCAUUAGGGAGAGUAGUGGCACUGUGAAGCUCUUCCGGAAUUUCAAGGAGAGAAAAUCCUUCACACCCGACUAUGGGGCUGAAAGUAUCUUCGGUGGAUACAUGCUGGGUGUUCGUACGAGUUCGGGAUUGACGUUCUACGAUUGGGAAUCAAUGGAGCUCAUUCGACGUAUUGAGGUGCAACCAAAAUAUGUUUUCUGGAAUGAAUCUGGGUCCCUGGUGUGCCUGGCAACGGAUGAAUCCUACUUCAUCUUGAGCGUCGACACAGCAGCCAUUGCGGCUGUUAUGGAAUCAAAGCAGGGCUUAACGGAUGAUGGGAUUGAGGAUGCUUUUGAGGUGCUGGGAGAGGUGUCGGAGGUUGUGAAGACAGGCCUAUGGGUGGGGGAUUGCUUCAUCUACACAAAUUCCGUCAAUCGCAUCAAUUACUACGUUGGCGGAGAGAUUGUUACCAUCUCCCACUUGGAUAGGACAAUGUACCUCCUGGGCUACGUCCCGAAGGACAAUCGCCUCUACCUGGGCGACAAGGAGCUUAAUGUCACAAGUUUCUCCCUCCUACUGGCUGUCCUGGAGUACCAAACUGCUGUAAUGCGGCGUGAUUUUGACACUGCAAAUCGUGUCUUGCCCACAAUUCCACGUGAGCACAGAACAAGGGUGGCGCACUUCCUGGAGAAGCAGGGCUUCCGUGAGCAAGCCCUCCAGGUGUCAACGGAUCCGGAACAUCGUUUCGACCUAGCCCUUCAAAUUGGUGCUCUUCCCAUUGCCCUGGAGCUAGCCAGGGAGUCCGAUAGCCCACAAAAGUGGAGUCAACUUGCCGAAGCAGCCACGGCAAAGAAUGAUUUCCUCCUAAUGCGUGAAUGUCUCGAGAGAGCAAAUGAUUUCGGUGGAUUACUCCUCCUGGCCACGUCAAUUGGUGAUGCAGACAUGCUAAAAGCCCUCGGGGAGAGUGGAACGCGUCAGGGGAAGCACAACAUUUCCUUCCUCUCAAUGUUCCUUCUGGGUGACACACAGGCAUGCCUUGAUAUUCUCAUCAAUACAAAUCGCCUCCCGGAAGCGGCUUUCUUUGCACGCACCUACCUUCCGGAUAAAAUUUCCCACGUAGUACAGCUGUGGCGGGAAGAAUUGGGCAAGACAAAUGAGAAGGCCGGCCAGAGUCUCGCAGAUCCGGCACAGUAUGAAAAUCUCUUUCCGGGCAUGCACGAAGCCGUCAAGGCGCAGCAAUUUCUCAAUUUAUCUCAAUGUGGUCCAAUCCCCGCACAAGCAGCUGCCACCAUUCCCCUCAACAUCGACCGGAAUGCCAUUGCAGAGAUGCGAGCAGCUGAAGAGAGUGGAACAUUUGAUUUUGAUCCUACUGGUCAGGCUAUUGCUCCCACGGGCACAAGUCAGCAAAUUCCGAUGAAUUGGUGUGGAACAGUACCACCAACAGCCAAUGUGCCCACGAAAGCAACCACAGCAGCAACGGAAGGGAACCUCCUGGACUUUGGGGAUCCGCCACCAACACAAUUUCAGUCGCCACCACCCCAAGCAGCACCUAAAAGAAAAACCUCCCUUGAUGAAUUUGAUUUGGAAAUCGAAGGGAUAACGUUGGAUGAUAAUAUUGACACAUCCGACGUGAACAUUGAUGAUGAUUUGAGUGAAUAAGAGCGACGCUGCAAUGGAGUCUUCAAGGCUUGAGGUAUUCAAUUUAUUCCACAAUUUGUAAUCUUUAUGAGAAAAUAUGUCCUAAAUUAAAUAAAUGAUGGAAAUAUUUGAUGAUUUUAA